CACACACACACACACCCACGCACACGCACACGCACACACUCUCACGCACAGACACACACACGCACGCAUGCUCCCAGUAUUUAAAUGAGCAGUGUGUGUCCUUCCACAUAGGACUUGUCUGUUGAGUGCAGAGGGACGCGCUGCUAACUGAAACGGCUGCAAAUCUGUGGGCUACUCUCUUGUCCAACACGCACUGACAAAUACAGAGGAUCUCUCCCAAGAACUCAGCCACUCCUACUGACAAGGAGGGCCCCUCUCUCUCUCUCUCUCUCCCCCUCUCUAUCUCUCGCUCUCUCUCUCCCUCUCCCUCUCUGUUUCUCUCUCUCUCCCCUCUCUCUCUCUGUUUCUCUCUCUCUUUCCCUCUACCUCUCUGUUUCUCUCGCUCUCUCUCUCUUCCUCUCCCUCUCUCUCUCUCCCUCUCUCUCUCUCCCUCCCUCUCUCUCUCCCACUCCCUCUCCCUCUCUCCCUCUCUCCCUCCCUCUCUCCCUCUCUCCCUACCGUCCCUCCCACUCACUGUGCUGCCUUUUCUCCGAGAGUCCUCAGUAUCUUAGUGGUCAUGUUGCGGAGCAGCUGGUCGAGAGCACCGGAGCUCUGGCUGUGUGUGUGUGUGUGCGUGUGUGUGACGGUCCCGGGCCCCGUGCGGGGGGGCCGCGUUCUGGCCAUGCCCGUGGACGGCAGCCACUGGCUCAGCAUGAAGCUGCUGGUCAAGGAGCUGGCGCUGCGUGGGCACGAGGUGUUAGUGCUCGUCCCCGAGACCAGCAUCCUCCUCCUCCAGGGCUCGGACGCGCAGCCGUACCGCACCGAGAGCUUCCCGGUGCCCUACACGCGCGCGGGCCUGGCGCAGAGCACCGAUUGGCUGCGGCAGAGCGUCUUCUACCGCACGCCACCGCUGGCCGAGAUCUCCACCAACCUGCGGCGGCUGCUCAACUUCACGGGCACGCAGGUGACGGGCUGCGAGGCGCUGCUCUACAACGCGCCCGUCAUGGAGCGCCUGCGGGCGCGGGGCUUCCAGCUGCUGCUGACCGACCCCUUCCUGCCCUGCGGCGCCAUCCUGGCCGACGCCCUGGCGCUGCCCGCCGUCUACUUCCUGCGCGGGAUGCCGUGCGGCCUGGACGCGCUGGCGCUGCAGUGUCCGUCGCCGCCCUCCUACGUGCCGCGCUACCGCUCGGACGCCACCGACCGCAUGAGCUUCCCGGAGCGCGUCAAGAACUUCGUGAUGAGCGGCGUGGAGCUGCAGCUGUGCCGGGUCAUGUACGCCGGCUUCGACGAGCUGGCCGCGCGUUACCUGGGCCGGCAGGUGACCUAUCGAGAGCUGCUCGGCCGCGGCGCCGUCUGGCUGCUGCGCUACGACUUCGCCUUCGAGUACCCGCGCCCGCUCAUGCCCAACAUGGUGCUCAUCGGGGGCAUCAACUGCGCCAGGUCGCAGGGCCUCUCCGCCGAGCUGAAGGAGUUUGUGGAGGGAUCUGGAGAGCACGGCAUCGUGGUCUUCACCCUGGGCUCGUUGGUGGAGUCCAUGCCAGCAGAGAAAGCUGCCAUCUUCUUCUCAGCCUUCAGCCAGAUUCCCCAGAGGGUUCUGUGGCGCUACUCCGGCCCUCUUCCAGACCAUGUCCCAGAAAAUGUCAAAGUGAUGAAGUGGCUGCCACAGAAUGACCUUUUAGCCCACCCCAAGGCCAAGGCCUUCAUCACUCACGGGGGCACUCACGGGAUCUACGAGGGCAUCUGCAACGGCGUUCCCAUGGUGAUGAUGCCGCUCUUCGGUGACCAGACCGACAACGCUCACCGUGUAGCCCACCGCGGGGUUGCCGUGGUGCUCAGCAUCUUUGACGUGACGCCGGAAUCCCUCGUCGACGCACUGGACACGGUCAUCAAUGUCAGCAGUUACCAGGAGAACAUGCAGAAGCUGUCCGCCAUACACAACGACCGGCCCAUAGAACCCCUGGACCUUGCUGUUCAUUGGACGGAGUUUGUCAUGAGGCACAAAGGGGCGGAGCAUCUGCGUCCAGCGGCCCACCACCUCAACUGGAUCCAGUACCACUCUCUGGACGUGAUCGGCUUUCUGCUGGUCGUGGUGGCAACUGUUGUCGUGGUGAUGAUCACGUGCUGCGCGGCGUGUCUGCGGAGGUGUUGUGGGGGCUCCAAGAAGACGAAGAAAGAGUGACAGGCCAGACAUCUCUUCUGAACACAUGCACUGAAUGUUCACAGUCUCGUGGGACUGCUCUGCUAUACUGGGCCUGAGUUGCAUAGAAAUACAAACAUGUCAGCUGGUUUGUUUGAGGAGACUGCACACAACCGACCAGCUGUUUGAAACAACAAAUGUAAAGACAUGCAAUACUGUGCACCUUUUUUUCCUACUAACUCCUCUCAGGAGACAGUCACCUGAAAGGUUGAGGGUUCAAUCCCCGGUUUCCACCGUUAGCCGUUAGCUUAACCCCUAAGUUGCUUUGGGGAGAACAGCUCUUGUAAUUAGUGAAGGAAAAGUCCGCUGCAACCAAAUUUUGCGCCCAAUCAUUUAAUAAAAUUCUGUGAGGUUUCGAGGCCAGCUCUUCCUCACUGAUUUUUAUUGAAUGAUUGAGAGCAAAAUCUGGUUGCAGCGACUCUUCCUUCCUUUCCUUUACUUUUUAGUCCUGUUCCCAUUUUUAAAUCAGGGUGUGUGUGUGUGUGCAUUGUCUGCACAGCCUUGUAAUGUAAUUGCCAUCUGUAAGUGGCUUUGGAUGAAUGCUAAAUGAAUAAAUGUAAAUAUAUACAGUAUGUGCUACCAUCUCCAGAUUCACACGUCUCUGUAGCGCUCUUGAGCUACGCAGUGCUCCGGUGUCAGCACCAUGUUGGCACUCUUACGAGUUCCUAUGACGUAUGGAUGACAUCAGUUUUAUUAUGUGAUGACUUGUCUGUGCUGGCUACCAAAUGGAAGAUAAACUAAGACUAGACUAGGUUUAAGAUUCUUAUGGAUUUUUUUUCUUUGUUUAAUCAAAUAGGGUGCAGUGUAGAGACUUGCACUGAAGCCUGCUGUGGUUUCUGAAUUAAGUUUCCUUCUCAUAAAUGAUUGUUGACAUUGAAACGAUGAAUCAAAACUGUCACACCACUGUCUUACUGUUGCAUAUUGACAUAGCCUUUGCCCAUUCUUCCACUCAAAUGGUAAAUGUUUAGUAGUGGAAGGAUAUGUGCUUCUCUUUUGAUCAGUGUUGAGUAGUCGCCACUUCACCUGAACUGUUGCCAAGGCGAUGACUUCAUGUUUGGUGACAUCACAGAAUUUGCGUUUGACUCAUGUUAUGGUUAUGCUGUGGAUAUGGUUAUGCUAUUUGGCAGACGCCUUUGUCCAAAGUGUUAUAUUAGGAUAAGAUUCCGUGCAAUAGCCCACAGGUGACGUGAGCUAGCCAGCCAAACGUGCUGUUAUGCAAUAUUCAUUUUGCUCCUCACACCACAAGCCUUGAGACCAUUUCUAUUCUGAUUGGCAUUAUAAACUGUAAAUAAAAAUGAUUCAAAUACUGUUUAAAAAGAAAAAA